GUUCUGCAAACAACCACACAAAUAAAACAAACAAUUCAAAAUGUUCAAAUUUUUCGCUUUGUGCUUGAUGGCUGUCGUUGCCUUGGCUGCUGCUAAACCCGGCAUUGUUGCUCCCUUGGCUUAUACCGCUCCCUAUGUAGCUGCUGCCCCAUACACAGCUGCCUACACAGCCGCUUAUACCGCCCCCUACACUGCCGCCUAUACUGCUCCUUACUACUCUGCCGCCUACACUGCUCCCUAUGUUGCCGCUCCUUAUGCCAGCGCUUACACUUAUCCUUAUGCUGCUUCCUAUCUGUUGCGUAAAUAGAUUUGAAUUUAAGGAUUUGAGGAAAUGAACGGAUAUUGUUUUUGUUUUAUUUUUUAA